AUUGACCAAAAUAUGGAUCCGGGUCAUCCUCUCCGCACACUUUCAGUCCACAACGUUCCUCUUUGUCCCUCUCAUCUCUCUUCACAGCAUGUGACGCUUUCUAAAACAAUUGCGACAAUCAAAUCCCAAAAUUUUCGACUUUCCAUUUUUCUGCACCACCUAAUUUGGCAGUCUUCUUUCAUUUUGAUCCCCAACCCUCCUUCGGCCAUCGCUUUCUUUCUCGGCUCCAUUUCUGUUUCCCGGAGUUGAACUUGCAACAGUGUGCCUGUGUAAUAUAUUCAGGCGGGCUGCAAUUUGAGGAUUUCUGGACUGCUGGAGUUCUGGGUUAAGUUCAUUAUAGCUGUGCAGCUGAUUUUUUGGUUGUUUUUGUUCGAGGCUGCGCUGUUAAGUUGAUGUGACUGUGGAGAGAUCUGUUGGAGGGGACGAAGUGGCAGAUUGAGUUGUCCGGGGUUUGGAUCCGAUAGCAGUGGAAACAGCGCCACUAGAUGGCGCUGUUCAGGCGUUUCUUUUACCGAAAGCCGCCUGAUCGGCUCCUCGAAAUAUCUGAACGGGUCUACGUGUUCGAUUGCUGCUUCUCCACUGAUGUACUGGAUGAAGACGAGUAUAAGUCUUACAUGGGCGGAAUUGUAGUUCAGCUACAAGAGCACUACCCGGAAGCUUCUUUCAUGGUUUUUAACUUCAGAGAAGGGGAUAAGAGAAGUCAAAUAUCUGACAUCUUAUCGCAAUAUGAUAUGACUGUCAUGGAUUAUCCUCGGCAGUAUGAAGGGUGUCCUCUAUUACCAUUAGAAAUGAUCCACCACUUCCUUAGGUCUAGUGAGAGUUGGUUAUCACUUGAAGGCCAACAAAAUGUUCUGUUGAUGCACUGUGAGAGAGGAGGAUGGCCUGUGCUGGCCUUCAUGCUUGCAGGCCUCCUUUUGUACAGAAAGCAGUACAGUGGUGAGCAGAAGACACUUGAAAUGGUAUACAAACAAGCACCCAAGGAACUUCUUCAUCUUUUAUCUCCUUUGAAUCCACAACCAUCCCAGCUUAGAUAUCUUCAGUAUAUCUCUAGGAGAAACUUUGUAACUGAUUGGCCACCAUCAGAUACACCUCUAGCUUUGGAUUGUAUCAUACUAAGGGUCAUCCCUGUAUAUGAGGUUGGAAGGGGUUGCCGACCUGUGGUCCGUGUUUAUGGUCAGGAUCCUUCUUCAACUACAUCCAACAGGAGUUCCAAGCUCUUGUUUUCAACUUCAAGCACAAAAAAGCAUUCCAGAUUCUACCGACAGGUAGAGUGCGAGCUAGUUAAAAUAGAUAUACACUGCCGUGUCCAGGGGGACAUUGUCCUUGAGUGCAUACAUCUGGAUGAUGAUCUAGCAAGGGAAGUAAUGGUGUUUAGAGUCAUGUUUAACACAGCUUUUAUCAGGUCAAAUGUUUUGAUGCUAACCCGUGAAGAUGUUGAUGUCCUGUGGGACGCGAAAGAGCAAUUUUCUAGGGACUUUAGAGCAGAGGUACUCUUUUCGGAUGUGGAUGUUGAUCCUCCUACUAUACCAACCGAAGCAUCAAAUGAAUAUGGGAAUGAGACAGAAAGUGCCUCACCUGAGGAGUUUUUUGAGGUUGGAGAAAUAUUCAGUAAUCCGGUUGAUGGGCAAGAUGCAAGAGGCGAUUCAGAUAACCACACACUAGAAAGUAAGAGGGACCAUGAGAGCCAUGAGGUAGUCUGGAAGGAGGAAUCUGACCAUCACUCAUUUCAAGAUUGUGCAUCUGAAGAAGGAAAUCAUCACAGACAUGUUGUUGGGGUUGAUCCUACUCAUCCUCAUGCAGAUGUUAACAUUAUGAGGGAAGAGUAUGUUGUGUCAGAGAAUAAACAAUACGGAGAAACUGCACUCUCACAGAAGAAGCUAGACAGGCAUGUUUCAGAAAAUAAGACUGGAGGUGAUAGUAGUAAUAAGCAAAAGUUUGACAAAGUACCUUUGACUGCUUCAAAGAAACAGCCAUUAUCAAACUCAAAACCUUCAUCCGAUGGCAUUGGCAAAAAUAAAUCUAAACAACAAGAAUCUCAGGGGAAUAUUUCAAGACUGGCAAAGCCAAAUGUUGUAUCCAGAUGGAUCCCUCCUAAUAAAGGCUCUUAUACCAAUUCAAUGCAUGUAUCGUACCCACCAUCAAGGUAUAACAGUGCUCCACCUGCAUUUGUGCUUGCCAAGGAUUCUCAGUCAAGUGGAAAAUCAAAACCAGCAUCUACUCGUAGCUCUACUGAUGCGACUGCUUCCGCGAAUGGUACUAUUGAUGCAGCUAGUCGUGCACCUUGCUCGUCAUCAGCCGACAUGUCAAUGCCUGAAGUUGCACCAACUCCCCCUUCAACUUCUUCUCCAGUUGAGAGCCAAGACCUGCAAGAGUGUCCACUUCCUUAUCCCUCACUCCCGGAUCAGCAUACCACCUUAUUAUCAUCUCAAGUCCUGUGUACACAUGUAGAGGGAGGUGGCGCCUCACUCCCUUCUCCUCCAUCCCAACAUUUACCUCUACAAGAAAGCCGGAGUUUAAUCGUUUCUACUACUAACCCACCUCCUCCACCCCCUCCUCCACCACCUUUGCCCCUGUUUUCUACUGGCAUUAUUGCCUCUACUUCCGUAUCACCAACUCCUACCCCACCUUGUGCUAUUUCCAGUGCAGAUAAUGCUUAUAUGGUCUCACCCUCACUGCUUGCAUCAACAACCUCAACCAGCUGGGGUAAUGCAGCUUCUUAUGUGGCACUGUCAAAGUCUAUGUCAAUUCCACCGUCACCCCCUCCUCCACCAUUACUUUCAUCAUCUAUGAUAAAAUCUGUUACCAUUAGAGAAUCCUCUCCACCCCCACCCCCACCUCCACCUCCACUGCCACCCCCCUCCUCCACCAGCACUUUCACCAUCUGUGAUACAAUCUGCUACUGUCAGAGUAUCCACUCCACCUUCACCUCCACCUCCACCUCCACCGCCACCUCCACCACCACCGCCACCUCCACCUCCACCUUCUUUGGUUAGACCUACUAGCUUAUGUGUGCCAGUUCAUGCAAAUAUGAAAUCUGUUUUACAGGGUGUUCCACCUCCUCCACCUCCUCCACCUUUGCCUUCACGAAGUGGUCCAUCACCCCCGCCUCCUUCCACACCAUUUUCACAUAGUGCUUCAAUUCCACCUCCACCACCACCACCUCCUCCUCCCUUUCAACCUUCACGUAGUGUUCCAUCUCAACCCCUCUGCCUGCCACUUUCACUAGGUACUCCACCCCCUCCUCCACCUCCACCUCCACCUCCCUUAUCACAAAAUGGUUUAACUUCGUCCUCCUUGCCUAGCUAUGUUCCACCUCCACCUCCACCUCCACCUCCACCUCCCCCACCACCUUAUUUGCGUAGUGCCGUAUCUCCUUCACUAAGUGGAGCCCCACCUCCACCACCUCCACCUCCCCCAUUAUCUGGAGGUCCGCCACCACCCCCUCUUCCUCCUCCUAAGAGUGGGGCCUCACCCCCUCUCCCUCCAAGUCGUGCACCACCGCCACCUCCACCUCCUCCAAGUCGUGGAGUACCACCACCGCCUCCUCCUCCAAGUCGUGUAGGAGCACCGCCGCCACCACCUCCUCCAAGCCGUGUAGGAGCACCGCCACCCGCCACCUCCUCCUCCAAGUCAUGGAGGAGCACCACCACCCGCCACCACCUCCAAGUCGUGGAGGAGCACCGCCACCCGCCUCCUCCUCCAACUCGUGGAGGCGCACCUCCACCACCUCCACUUGGUGGUCCACCACCCCCCCCCACCACCUCUAAGGGGUUGUACACCUGGUCCUUCACCACCACCUAGCACACCUGGCCCUCCACCACCACCAGGAGCUCCAAGACCUCCAAAUGGUGCACCUCCUCCACUUGGGAGAGGCCUUCCCUCCGGAAGAGGACGUGGACUUUAUGGAAAAGCACCUCCUGCUGGAGCUCCUCGAAGGUCUACAUUGAAGCCACUGCAUUGGAGCAAGGUAACCAGGGCAGUACAAGGAAGUUUGUGGGACGAAUUACAGAGAAAUGGAGAACCUCAGAUAGCACCAGAGUUUGAUUUUUUAGAACUUGAGACUCUUUUCUCUGCCAUAGCCCCAAAGUCAGAUAAAGGUGACAAAUCUGGAGGGAGACGGAAAUCUCUUGGAUCUAAACCUGAUAGGGUUCAUCUGGUUGACUUGAGAAGGGCCAACAACACUGAAAUCAUGUUAACGAAAGUGAAGAUUCCACUUCCAGACAUGAUGGCUGCUGCAUUGGCAAUGGAUCAUUCAAUCUUGGAUGCUGAUCAAGUAGAAAAUCUGAUUAAGUUUUGUCCUACUAAAGAAGAAAUGGAACUUCUUAAGAAUUACACUGGUGACAAGGAUAAUCUGGGAAAGUGUGAACAGUUUUUUCUGGAACUGAUGAAGGUACCACGGGUGGAAUCAAAAUUAAGAGUUUUUCUCUUCAAGAUUCAAUUUAAUUCCCAGGUCUCAGAUUUCCGAAAAAGUUUGUCUACUGUUAACUCUGCUUGUGAAGAGGUCCGGAAUUCUUAUAAACUGAAAGAAGUCAUGUGGAGAAUAUUACAACUGGGAAACACGUUAAAUCAGGGAACUGCCAGAGGUUCGGCUGUUGGGUACAAGUUGGACAGUCUUUUAAAACUUACUGAUACUCGUGCCACUAACAACAAGAUGACACUCAUGCAUUACCUUUGUAAGGCUCUUGCUUCAAGGUCACCUGCACUUCUGGACUUUCAUGACGAUUUUGCAAGCCUAGAAGCUGCAUCUAAGAUACAAUUGAAAUCUUUAGCUGAGGAAAUGCAAGCCAUCAUCAAGGGACUGGAAAAAUUAAAGCUUGAACUGGCUGCGUCCGAGAAUGAUGGACCUGUAUCUGAAAUUUUCCGGAAGACACUAAAAGAGUUCAUUGGAGUUGCUGAAACAGAGGUGACAUCUGUAACAAAUCUAUAUUCCACAGCGGGAAGGAAUGCAGAUGCACUGGCACUGUAUUUUGGUGAGGAUCCUGCCCGCUGCCCAUUUGAGCAAGUUACUGCAACCCUCUUAAACUUUGUGAGGUUGUUCAGAAAAGCCCAUGAGGAGAACUUGAAACAGGCUGAAUUAGAAAGGAAAAAAGCUCUAAAGGAGGCUGAGACGGAGAAUGCUAAAGGCAUGAACCUUACAAAGAGGGGUCCUAAAGAAUGACAAUCCCAUGAAAUGCAUGGUGCCAGAAAAUCGGUGCAAGCGGUUAGCGGACCAACCACAAAAAAUCUAAACUACUUUCGAAGUACUUUAGUUUGCGUGGGAUUCAAAGUAUGAAGUGCAUUUUCAAGGCUUAUGAACCUGAAAGUGCCAGUUAUGGCUCAGCAGGCGAAGCUAAAUGGGGCCUGAAAGUGCAGUUUUGGAGGGUAGAUGUUAUUGCUUUCAUGUUCUCCCUCCAUGUGCUAUGAUCAGACAGGAGUAAUCGACUUUGCACAUGGCGCCAGAGAUAUAUCCAUUGGGAAGUGUAAAGGGGAAGAAGAUCUACAGGUAUGCAUUAGUCUUGUACAGAACAUAGAACUAUAUAGAUUAUUUUAUUGUAACAUAGGAAGGUCCCUUUCCAUGAAAGAAUAUAUGGGAAUUGACCAUGGAAUUUGUUGUACAGAAAGUAUUAGUCGCCAUCAUGCUAGCUAGGUAGAUUGGUUAGUGGCGUAACAAAGAAUAAGCUUAUCAGGUUAGAAUGUUAGAUGCCUCUUUCACAGUUUGCUAAUUCUUUUAUUUGUUUUUCAUUGGAAUUAUUUUUUGACACAAUAUCGAUUAUUAAUACAAUGCGUGCAUUUCUUUUCAAUCAA